AAAUCAUCUUUGUACCGGAAGUAACGCCUAGCGAAGGAACGUGUUCGCUAAACGGCUGUCAAAAUGGACAAGAUAAAAGACGGUUGGUUUAGCGAGAUCAACGCGUUAUGGCCUGGACAAGCUAUGUCUUUACAAGUAGAAGAAAUCCUCUUUCAUGAGAAGUCAAAAUUUCAAGAUGUUAUCGUAUUUAAGAGCAAAACAUAUGGCAAUGUGCUCGUGUUGGACGGAGUGAUACAAUGCACGGAGCGGGACGAGUUCUCAUAUCAGGAGAUGCUGGCUCUUAUACCUUUAAAUUCACAUCCAAAGCCUCGUAAGGUACUUAUUAUAGGGGGAGGGGAUGGUGGCAUACUUCGGGAAGUAAUAAAACACCCAGAUGUAGAGCAAGUGGACCAGUGUGAGAUAGACCAGAUGGUAAUAGAUGUGUCAAAGAAAUACCUUCCUGAGAUGGCGGAGAGUUUUUCUAGUCCCAAGCUCAAUCUCCUCGUUGGGGAUGGAUUUGAGUUUAUGAAGAAACACCAGGGUCAGUACGACGUCAUCAUCACAGACUCCUCAGACCCUGUGGGACCAGCGUCAACGUUGUUUCAGAAGUCCUACUAUGAGUUAAUGAAAACUGCGCUCAAACCAGAUGGCAUUCUAGCUUGUCAAGGGGAAUGUUUAUGGCUGCACUUGGAACUGAUCAAAGGAAUGCUGGCGUUCUGUCGAUCCCUGUUCCCCGUGUCUGACUACGCCUUUACCACUAUACCCACAUACCCCAGUGGCCAAAUAGGCUUUGUGCUGUGUAGUAAAAACCCUGACACCAUGUUCAGCACCCCUGUUAGAGAACUGUCUACAGAAGAUGUGGCUCAAAUGAAGCUCAAAUAUUACAACAGUGAUAUACACAGGGCUGCCUUUAUACUGCCUGAAUUUGCUAGAAAGGUUUUGAAAACAGACACUGUUGAAAAUGGAAAUGCUGACCAGACCCACAAUGGGACCAAUUGAUAUGUCAUGUCAUAUGUGCAAUACUUUGCAUUUAAAUAUGCAGGGAAGAAAGCUUUAAUAAACUCUAUAUAACUUCUAA